UAUAAUUGGGGUAAGUAGCUGCAGGGUGCAGGGUGGAUUCUUUUUGGCCAACCCAACAAUGCGACUUCCAAGACUCAGUCAAGGGUGUGUUUAUUUGAAAAGAUAGUCACGUUACGGGAAUAGUCUACACAGUCGACUUAAAAUGAAGAUUCUUAACAACCAUGAAAUACGGAUUGCCGCACAACUGCUGGUAAAGCAUAUACCAAAAAGUUUAAAGGUAUAUGGAUUUCUGUUCGCUCUGAACAGAACCGAAGGGAGUAGACCUCAUACGGUGAUCUCAGUGGACGCCUGGCCGGAGAUGAACGUCAUCGUCAGCCGUACCCAAACCGAGAACAAGAGAGAUCCAAAGGAACGGGUUUUAUUUUUCAGCAAGGAUAAGCAGAUUUUAUCGACUAUUUUAAAGGAACAUGACGUCGUUGACUGGACUGCUUCUCUCAGUUUUGCAGGAAUAGACAACUCUUAUUCUCCACUGUUGAAAGACAUAUCCUCUCAAAGAGGCAGCAGCUUCAGGAGCCUAUGUCAUGCGCAUCUAUUACAUUUGACAGAUUUGGAUUCCCUGCUCUCAACAGAACACAGUGAGGAUCACUUUAGGAUCUCCUCUUUGAACGACUCCAACGUUGAGUUGGUCAACAAAACUUGGAAGUUCGGCGGGGAUGAGGAUGGAGGCAGACGCGUCAAAAAGAUGAUUGGCAACUUUCCCUCAUGUUGCAUCAUCGAUGACCAUGGACAACCCGUUUCCUGGAUUAUACUGGAUGAUUUCUGUACCAUGGGCAUGCUUCACACGCUACCAGCACACAGGGGAAAGGGCUACGCCAAAGCCCUGGUGAGCUGCCUGGCCCGGAAACUCCAUGCGCAGGGCUUUCCAGUGUACUGCUUUGUGGAGGAGGAGAACGCAGUGUCCUACAAGCUCUUCAAGAGCCUGGGCUUUGUUGAAGAUCCUUCAUACAGGGCUUCCUGGUGGGAUUGCAACUUCUGAGGAUUUCAGUUGUGUGCUUUUUUUUUGUAUUCUCGAAUUGCUUUGAAUCAUUUCAAUUAUUUCAUAUAUGGAUUAAGUUGGGUUUCAGAUACAGCCAUCAAUGGGUUUACAUUUGACAAAGAAUUGCAUUUAUCGAGGGCAAAUGGUCGACGGCCAUGUGAAUUACACCCAUCUCUGGAAUCCAGGCAUCAAGAGGGUCUGUAGGGGAAGACACACUUUAUGACGGCAUGUCAGAGAUUGACAUUGCUCCUUGCAUACAUAAAAUACCAAAGCUUGUCUAAAAUGGCAUUCAAUGACAUGAAAUAUUUCAGUUUCAAAUUUGAAAUAAUAAAAAAAAAAAAUCAGGCAUUGAAAACAUUUGGUUAAACAGAUGUUUAAUAUUGAUGAAAAUAUUGGCCUUUAUGUAAAAAAAAUCUUCUCAUGAAUAAAAUACAACUUCAUGUCUCAGAUUAAUCUCAUCAUGGUCAAUUUCCGGUGCCCACAAAUAUCAAUUUGGUUAGGAAUGUCCAAUCUAAAAUGUUGACCUCACUCAUUCCUGCUCUCCAAAGUUCUCUAGGCUCAACAAACACUUUCACCAGAAUUUCAAAAGCUGUUUUGAGCCCAGCUGAGCUGAUGAACGUGUGCUGAGCCACACGGUAUGCCUGGCGUUAGGUCACAACAGGCCACUAAUUCCAUUGUUAAACUGAUUGAGGAGAAAGACAAUUUGGCCGGUUUAUCAAAUUGAACAUAUUUGAGCACUUAUUGUUAGCUCUUAUAGCUUUUCUGUGUUAGACAUAUAUUAUAUUAUACAAUUUCAAAGGGUGUAAAAAUGUGUAGUAAUAAGAUCCCCCAACAGAGGGCGUGGCCAGAACACAGCAUUGUGAUUAAGUCGUGUGUGUGUGUGUGUGUGUGUGUGUGUUAAAUGACAAAAAUUGUUGCGUUAUGGGAAAAGUAUCCACACAGUGUAACUAAAAUGAAGAUUCUAAACAACCAUGAAAUACGGAUCGCCCAUCGACAACUUCAGAAGCAUGUACCAAAAAGUUUAAAGGUAUGUGGACAUCUGUUCGCUCUGAACAGAACCCAAGGGAGUAGGCAUACUGUGGAGAUCUGUGUGGACGCCUGGCCAGAGUUUAACCUUAUAGUCUGCCGUCCCCAAACCGAGGGCAAGAAUGUUCCAGAGAACACGAAAUGGGUUUCAUUUUUCUGCACUGAUGAGCAGAUUCUAUCGAAUAUGUUAAAAGAAGAUGAGAUCAUUGACUGGAGUGGCUAUUGCAUGCUUGCAGGAAUAGAUGCGUCCUACAAUCAAUUGUUCAAAGAAAUAUCCUCUCAAAGAGCCAGCAGCUUCCGGGGCCUAACACGUGUGCAACUAUUACAUUUGAUAGAUUUGGAUUCCCUGCUCUCAACAGAACACAGUGAGGAUCACUUUAGGAUCUCCUCUUUGAACGACUCCCAUGUUGAGUUAGUCAACACAACUUGGAAAUUCGGAGGGGAUGAGAAUGGAAUAAGGCGCAUUAAAAAGAUGAUUGGCAACUCUCCCUCAUGUUGCAUCGUCGAUGACCAUGGAAAACCCGUUUCCUGGAUUCUACUGUAUGAUUACUGUGCCAUGGGCAUGCUUCACACGCUACCAGCACACAGAG